UCAAAUGCUCUUAAGCCUUCAGUGAUUUAGUUUCAUCCUCACAGAAACUAGACUGGUUACCAGUCUGAAUGAAAACAGGACCUAAAGGCUAUACCAUACUUCCAGAUGGACGUGAUUAAAAGCUCCAGCAAAUUCACAUUAGUGAGUUUUUAUGUGGAAAUGAGAAAGGUUUCUGUGCUCGAGAGGCAGAUAUUUGACUUCCUUGGUUAUCAGUGGGCACCCAUCCUGGCAAAUUUUAUACACAUUAUUAUAGUCAUACUUGGCUUAUUUGGAACCAUCCAGUAUAGACCUCGUUACAUAACAGGAUACGCUGUCUGGCUGGUCCUUUGGAUUACAUGGAACGUGUUUGUUAUCUGCUUCUAUUUGGAGGCUGGGGACCUUUCAAAGGAAACAGAUCUCAUUCUGACGUUUAAUAUCUCAAUGCAUCGUUCUUGGUGGAUGGAGAAUGGGCCGGGCUGCACCGUGACCUCAGUAACCCCAGCCCCAGACUGGGCACCAGAGGAUCAUCGUUAUAUCACUGUCUCGGGGUGUUUUCUUGAAUAUCAGUACAUAGAAGUGGCUCACAGUUCUCUUCAGAUCUUCCUUGCACUGGCGGGCUUCAUCUAUGCCUGUUAUGUUGUGAAAUGUAUUACUGAAGAAGAGGACAGCUUUGAUUUCAUAGGUGGAUUUGACUCUUACGGCUAUCAAGGUCCACAGAAGACAUCUCAUUUACAGCUACAGCCCAUGUAUAUGUCAAAGUAAACAUGGGCACUACGCAACGUGGGCUGGAGGACCUGUCAAAGAAACUGUUUCAGGAUGGCCUUCUGGUUCUUCAAAGAGCAAAAAAAAUCCAGUUUGUGUGCUAAAAAAAAAAAGCAAGCUGAUUGAACAGUGAGACAAAAAACAACAGACACCUUCAGCCCUUCUUUCUAACAGGUACUAAGGGAGAUGCCCCAGACCUCCACCUUGGACCUCCUGCCUCCCAGCACCAGAGGGCCAGAGCAUUGGUGCCAUCCUCUGGCUCUUCCCUACCCUGGCCACUGCC